AUGGCGGGCGGCUGGGAGACAGCGCUGGGCCUGGGGCUCUGCCUCGCCGCCCUGCACCGCGGAGGCUGCCGCCUCCCCAGCGUGGCCACGGCACCCCAAACUCCAGCUGCAGUGCUGCGGGACAAUUUCCGCCUGCAGCCAGGUGAUUUGGUGACCACCGCGGGGCAAGCGUUGGAGCUGGACUGUGUCCCCCCCUUGGGGUACCCCGAACCCUACAUUACCUGGAAGAAGGACGGGGUGACCUUGGACUUGGUAGGUGGCAGGUACAUGGUCACCAAGGGGAAGUUGCAGGUGGCAUCAGCACUACGGAGCGACUCCGGUCUCUACAUCUGCGUGGCGGCCAAUGCGGCAGGCAAGAGGGAGAGCAGGGGUGCCCGAGUCUCUGUGCUGGAGAAGCCGAGCAUUGUGCGGCACCCAAGCGAGGCCGUGGCGGUGCCUGGCAGCACCGUGGAGCUGGGUUGCAGCGCCCGAGGUGACCCGGCGCCACAGGUGCAGUGGCACAAGGAGCAUGGAGACCUGCCCUGGGACAGGCACGAGGUGGACCGGGAGCACACUCUGCGCCUCUACGCCGUGACGCCCGCCGACGCCGGCGCGUACGUGUGCACAGCACAGAGCCAGCUGGGCACCGCUGCUGCCACCACCUUCCUCCACGUGGAGGACCGGCUGGCAACGGGCCAGCAGGAGGCUGCACCACGGGACCUGCUGGCUGUGCGGCUGCACCUGGACAACGGCACUGCCCUGCCCACUGCUGCCGUGCAGCUCCGCUGGCAGUUGCUGAUGCCGGUGCCGGUGCCCGUGGGUUACAUGGUGCUGUACCGCAGCCUGCUCCCGGUCACCACCUCCUGGAUCCAGCACGAUGCAGGCAGGGAGCUCAGCGCCAUCAUCCCUGCGCUCCGCAGGGGCUACAAGUACGAGUUCAAGGUCCGGCCCUACACUGGAGGGACGCAGGGUUCAGACAGCAACAGCAGGCACCUCUGGAUACCUGAGGAAGUGCCUAGUGCAGCGCCCCAGCGUGUCACCAUCCAGGCUGAGACAGGGAACGGCACCGUGGUCGUGAGCUGGGAGCCACCUCCUCCUGAAGGCCACAAUGGCGUCAUCCAGGGCUACCAGGUCUGGUCGAUGGCUGAGGGCUGGCAGCGUCCCACCAACAGGACAGUGGACGGAGCCACCCGCCGCCUGGAAACCCUCCUGCCACAGCCUGGGGCUGAAUUCUGUGUGCAGGUGGCAGCUUUCAACAGUGCAGGGCUGGGGGUUCCCAGCAACGCCACGUGUGGAGUCCUGGGGCUGACAGCAGGGAGCAGCAGGGUGGUCCAGGCACUGCGGCAGCCUGCUGUCAUCGCAGCCGCUGGCUCCAUGCUCUGGUUGGCCCUACUCGCCCUCCUCCUCCUCCUCUGCCAGCGCCGUGCCAGCCAGGACGCUGCAGCUCGCCACAGACCCGCGGCACCGACCACACCACGGUCCUUCUCACCCCUGCACACCUACGGCUACAUCUAUGGGCCACCAACCUCUGAGCUAGGUGAGGAGGAGGAGGAGGAGGAAGAAGAGGAGGAGGAGGAAGAGCGCACAGCCACCAGGGGCUCGCCGGGAGGGUCGCUGCUGAACGGCUGGGGGUCUGUCUCAGAGGACAACUUUGCCAGCACUCGCUGCAGCUUGGUGAGCUCCUGUGACAGCUCCUUCCUCCUGGACGCCAGCUUCGCCCGGGCGCUGGCCGUGGCUGUCGAUGGCCUCUGCUGCAGCCUUGAGGACACUGAUGGGGUCUAUGGAGGUCCCUCCCCACCACCAUCACCCUUGGAGCAGAUCUUCCCACCUGGAGUCCACACUACCACCUGGGACUGGUGGACAGCACUGGAGGUCCCACAGAGGACCAGGACAGGGGCAGCCAUGAACAGUAGCUCACAGAAUGGUGGCCAGGGGUCAGGGAUUGGCAGCCCCUGGGCCAGGGAAGGUGGCGAGCUGGGGACAGGAGGAACAGGAGCAUGGCAGUCCCCAAGGAGCAGGACGCAGCAAGGCCAGAGUCCCCUUGACUCAGCUAAAAUCCAGCUUUAUUAG